UGGUGUGCUGUGAGGAUGCAUGGCCACCUGAGAUUUCCUAGAUGGACAGAGUUGAUCUUGCCCAUUGCCCAUCUGGAAAGGAGCUGAGAACUGGGGCCAGACAGGCCUCUGCAGUGCCAAGAUGAGUGUCACAUCAUGGUUCCUGGUGAGCAGCAGUGGCACCCGCCACCGCCUCCCGCGUGAGCUCAUCUUCGUGGGACGUGAUGAGUGUGAGCUCAUGUUGCAGUCUCGCAGUGUGGACAAGCAGCAUGCAGUCAUCAACUAUGACCAGGACCGUGAUGAGCACUGGGUGAAGGACCUGGGCAGUCUUAAUGGGACGUUUGUGAAUGACAUACGCAUCCCGGACCAGAAGUAUAUCACACUGAAACUCAAUGAUGUCAUCCGCUUUGGCUAUGAUUCCAACAUGUAUGUGCUGGAGCGUGUGCAGCACCGCGUUCCUGAGGAGGCGCUCAAGCAUGAAAAGUAUACCAGCCAGCUGCAGGUGAGCGUCAAGGGCUCUGCACCCAAGAGAGGUGAGGUGCUACCUGAGCACACACCCUACUGCGAAUCCUCACAGCCCAGGCCAGAGAAGGGAGACCGAAGACCUGGAGCAGAAACGGUGCCUUACCGCACACCCCUGUAUGGGCAACCCUCCUGGUGGGGGGAGGAAGAGAGUGCCACACCACCUGAAGACCAGCGCCAGGAGGAGCCCUAUCCAGAGCGUCCCAAGGACCUGGUACGGCAGGAUGGUGAGCUAGACAGCUGCCGUGCCCCCGUUGAGCCACCAGCCUACUUGUUCCGCCGUGAGCCCAGUUACUUUGAGAUCCCUACGAAGGAACCUCCACAGCCACCACGGCUCCCUGAGGUGCCACAGGAAGUGCCCACAAAAGAUCAGGAGGCAGGUGGUGGUGGCACGGCCCCUGUGGUACAGAGCCAUGCCUCCUUCACCAUUGAGUUUGACGACUGCAGCCCCGGCAAGGUGAAGAUCAAGGACCACAUCACUAAGUUCUCCAUGCGCCAGCGGCGGCCUGCAGGCAAGGAGGCCACACCCGUGGAGAUGGUCUCUGCCGAGACCAAGGUGGCCGAUUGGCUCGUGCAGAAUGACCCAAGCCUGCUGCACCGGGCUGGCCCGGGAGAUGACCGUCACAGCACUAAAAGUGACCUUCCAGUCCACACCCGCACUUUGAAGGGCCACAAGCAUGAGGAUGGCACACAGAGCGACUCAGAGGACCCCCUGGCCAAGACUGCCUCAGUGACUGGGGCCCCCACAGAGACCAGUGGGGAGCAGGUGCGGCUGCAGAGGCAGAUCAAACGGGACCCCCAGGAGUUGCUGCACAACCAGCAGGCCUUUGUCAUCGAGUUCUUCGAUGAGGACACGCCCCGAAAGAAACGCUCACAGUCCUUUACUCACACCCCACCUGGAGACCUCAAGGCUGAUAAACGCCGGGGCCCUGGGACUGCAGAUAGGGAACGUUCUGGUGCCCCAGUUCGUGCAGCAGGUAGCAGCUCAGGGCCACAGAGGGCCAGCUCACUCAAGCGGGAAAAGACUGAAGAGCGGCUGGGCAGCACCUCUCCAGUUCCCCGUACCCCUGCCCGUCCAUUUGGUAGUGUGGGGCGCCGCUCACGCCUGGCCCAGGACUUCAUGGCCCAGUGUCUGCGGGACAGCUCCCCAGCCCCCCGGCCUGGCCCAGAAAAGGCACCUCCGGUACUGCCUGCCCCUUUGACACCCCGGGGGGCCAGCCCUGUGACCCCCUCAACCACUCCGCCACCUCUCGCUGACCCCCAGCUGACCAAGGCACGUAGACAGGAAGAAGAUGACAGCCUCAGUGAUGCAGGCACCUACACUAUUGAGACGGAGGCACAGGACAGAGAGGUCGAGGAGGCCCGGAAGAUGAUUGACCAGGUUUUUGGGGUUUUCGAGUCCCCUGAACUCUCUAGGGUGUCCUCAGCCACCUUCCGUCCAGUCAUCAGAGGGGACAAAGAUGAGUCCAGUGAUGGGGGUAUGGCCCAGCGGAUGGCCUUGCUGCAAGAGUUUGCUUCCCGACCACCAGGUGUGGCCCCCCAGAUGGAGCAGCAGGGCCUCUUGGUUCCAGGCUCCCCUGGGGGUCAGAAGUGGGUAUCCCGCUGGGCCAGCCUGGCUGACAGCUACUCAGACCCUGGCUUGGCAGAGGAAGGUCCUGGGCACAGAAGCAGAGAGCCUGAGGGGGUCCUGCCUGUGCGCACACGGAGACUGCUCCCUCAGCUGCCCAGUGACAGGGCUGACAGCCCUGCAGGCCCUGAAGCUGCCAGGCGGAGCGGCCCAGGGCCACCAGAGCUGGGCAGUGAGCAGGCCAGCCGCCUCAUAGGCCAAGAGGACCUGGACCCUGACAGCCUUAGUGAUGCCAGUGGGUCAGAUGGGGGCCGGGGCCCCGAGCCAAGCACUGAGCGGCAGGAGGAGCUAGCAUGGGUCAGGGGUCGACACUCACCAAGGGCUCCCGGGGAGCCAGCCCCCACCUCUUUCUUCAUCGGUGACCAGAAUGGGGAGGCUGCCUUCCCCAGGAAGCCUUUUGUGGAUCCUGGGGAGGUGGAUAGUCCAAGUCGGGUAGGCCAGACCAGCCCCCCAGCAAGAGAUGGCCUCUACGUCAGUACCAGUGGAAGGAUGGUGAUCCAGCUGCGCAGCGAGCGGUCCCCAGAGCCUGACCCGGCCCCGUCCAAGGAGGCCUUGGCCUUUGCCCGGCAAGAAAGCUUCACUAAGGAGCCGACUAGUGGCCCCCCAGCACCUGGCAAGCUCCCCCAUAUCUCUAGUCACCCACUCCUGCAGGACCUGGCUGCAGUCCGGGCCUCACGAAUGGACUUCCACACACAGGACACUCAGCUGAUCUUGAAGGAGACAGAGACAGCCCUGGCAGCCCUGGAGGCCCGACUGCGCUCCAAGUCUGCAGACGAGUGCGAGGCGGGCAACACCCCUAGGCCUCCAGAGGACUCUCUGUCCGGGGAUUCAGAUGUGGACACAGCCAGCACCAUUAGCCUGCUCAGUGGCAAGAAUGGACCCAGCCCAACAACCCCCCAGGCUCCAGGGCCACAGAAGGAAAGCCUACUGUCUCCACCAGCAGCACUGGAUACAGGGGGUGCUACCCUGGGCGGUGCCAGGGAGAGGCUGUCAGAGAAACAGCAUCAUCCGCCGGGCCCUACAGACUUGGGCCAUAGAGAGCCCACAAGGCGCCUGGCUGUGAGGCGUGGCCACGGGACUCGAGGGUCCCUGGACUGGCCUGAAGAGGAACGAGGCUCUGGCACUGCUCACCUGCCCAACUCCAACCAUGAAACCCCUGAGGCCACUGGGGCAGGUCGGCAAGGGCCUCGCCGGAAACCAGUGGCUCCCCCGCCAUCCCCAGCUGCCCGUGAGGAGCAAAGCCGAGGCUCCACCACUGCCCAGAAGGUGCAGCAGGCGCUGACCCGCUCCAACAGCCUGUCCACCCCAAGGCCCACUCGGGCCUCCCGACUUAGGCGAGCCCGACUGGGGGAUGCCUCGGACACCGAGGCUAUGGAUGGUGAACGAGGGACUCCAGCUAACCCUGAGCCAGGGAGCCGACCAGCCCCUGAGCAGGCCAAGAAGUUGACGCGCUUGGACAUCCUAGCUAUGCCUCGAAAGCGGGCAGGCUCCUUCACAGGGCCCAGCGACUCUGAGGCAGCCCCUGCCCGCACUGGCUUCUCUGGCCGCAGUGCUGAGCUGUACAGCUCCAGCCGUAAGCCCACCGUAGCCGAGGCCCGUGCUGCUGCCAGGAAGGCUGCUGCCACUGCUGCCACCACGGUCUCCCGCCAGCCCUUCAGUAGGACCCGCCCCGGGAGUGCCAGAUACUCCAACACACGUCGCCGGCAGCAGGGCUCGGAUUACACGUCCACCUCUGAGGAGGAGUAUGGGUCCCACCACGGCUCCCCUAAACACACACGCUCCCAUGCCUCAACAGCCACACAGACCCCUCGGGCCAGCAACUCUGCCCGGGCUCGUUCCCAGGCUUCCGGCCCCCGGGACACAGAUGAUGACGAGGAAGAAUCUGACCCAUAUGGCUUCAUUGUGCAGACAGCAGAAAUCGCAGAGAUUGCUAGGCUGAGCCAGACACUGGUGAAGGAUGUGGCCAUCCUGGCUAGGGAGAUUCAUGAUGUGGCUGGGGAUGGUGACUCACUGGGCUCACCAGGGCCCACUCGCAGCCCAUCUCUUGGGAAUGUGCCCAGCACCCCUGCCUCAACCAUCUCGGCUCGAGAAGAGCUGGUGCAGCGCAUCCCAGAGGCUAGCCUCAACUUCCAGAAGGUACCGCCUGGCUCCAUGAACUCUCAUGACUUGGAUCAGAACAUGAACGACAGCCGUGAGGAUGCUCUAGCCAAUAAGACGAGGCCUCGGAACCGUGAGGAGGUCAUCUUUGAUAACCUGAUGCUGAACCCCGUCUCCCAGCUGUCACAUGCUAUCCGGGAAAACACAGAGCAUCUUGCUGAAAAGAUGAAGAUCCUCUUCCAGAAUACAGGCCGGGCCUGGGAGGACCUGGAAGCCAGGAUCAACGCCGAGAACGAGGUACCCAUCCUGAAGACAUCCAACAAGGAAAUCAGCUCCAUCCUAAAGGAACUUCGACGCGUCCAGAAGCAGCUGGAAGUCAUCAAUGCCAUCGUGGAUCCCAGCAUGAACCUGGAUCUGCUCAUGGGAAACAGGGCUCCUACAGGGUCCAUUCAGCCGGGGCUUGGGAAGGGCCGGCCAGCAGCUCAGAGCCCAACCUCGCCUGCCUCGGGGGACACCUUGUUACCAGCCCUCAGGAGCUUCCCACAACGGGUGAACUGCAGGCCCCCCAGCCUCCCGGAGCCUGCCUUCCUCCCCGAUGCCGAAAGGUUCCUGAUCUAAGCUGUGGGGCGGGCAAGGCCAGUCUUCCUGUGCGCGUGCCGUGCGUCCUGUGCCUGCCAGUGUAUCUAUCCCGUGGCCCACCUGCCUGGCUGCAGGCAGUUCUCUGUGAAAACCCUGUAUGUGCCAUAAACUCCAUUGGUGGGUGUCUCCCAUGCCCAGGCCCCCUCCUAGGUCCCAGCCAGCACCCCAGCCACCUCAUCUAGCCCCAUGGGUAUCCUUACUCCUACAGGCCUCCUGGCCCAGCUCCUGGGGUGGCCGCUGCCAAGGGCCAGCCUUGAGGCUACGUUCUCUGCUCACCAUCACUGUUAUUUUUGUCAUUAGCUUUAAAAGAAAGAGUAGUUUGUGCCACGGCAGCACCUCACCAGGCCUGACCCACAUGUAGCUCCAGCCUGAGAGGCCCUGUUUUGACGUGCCCUAUCCCUGUGUGCUGGCCCUAGGCCAGGCAGAGAAAGGGGCUGGAUCCUAGGGUCAGUCAGUGCCAAAAAACGUGGAAUUGGGCGGGCUUGGCAUGUCCCUAAACUGUCCGGGUAGGAGGCCACUUGCUCUGUGGCUCCCACCAACAUACAGGGCAGAGGCUGCUCCAGAGUCCAGCAUCCUGGGCAGACGAGUGGUCCAAGGAGGUAUUUGGGGCAGGAACCCUGUGGCUCUAAGCCUCUGGUGCCAACACAACUGCCAAACCCACUGAGUUUGGUACUAUCCCAGCAAGCCCUCAGUAGACUCAUCCCAUCCACAGACCCUGGGCUUCCUUACAGUGAGCCUGGGUGGCUUAGCAGCCCCUGUGGUGGGGGUGGAGUGCUAUGUCAGAGUGACAGGAAAAGAGGAUUUGGAAGCUCCUGGCUUGGUGUUCUAAACCCUGUACCCGCCCUCCCAGAAGCUAUGGGCACUAAGCAGUAUCUGCAACAGGCUCCCGUGGCCUGAUCCCUGGUGGGGGCCUGGCAGGGACAGGCCCAGCACUGGUUAUGCUUUCUCAGGAUUCAUUUGACUGGGACCUGCUGGGUGAACAGCAUGUGGCCCCUCUGCUGCUGCCUCCCCUUGUGGGGCAGCCAGUGUUUUUGGAGGCGCUAAGCCAAAGAGCCUGUUGACUGGGGUGGGGUGUAGGGGAAUCCCACUCCGAUCAGGUUGGCAUGGUGUGCUUGAGUCCAGCCCAGUGUUUGUGCGGGUGUUGCCCCUGAGUAGGACCCAUCUGCUGGGGGAGAGGUCACUGUGGUGGGGGGCCCAGAGCCCACAGGGGUAGCAUGGGUCUCCCUGUUUACACUUAGCUGUUACGGAGUCAUGCACGGAGUCAUGCACGGGUCCUGUGUGCCUCUGCCCAGCCCACCUGAUGUUUACGUAUGCGUGUAGAGCCUGCUAUGUCUGGAGGAGGUGCCAGCCCAGCCUAUUGGCUGCUGCUCCCCGCAUGUCCCACACACCGCCCACAGCCUGUCCCCCAGAAAUGAGCAGUGGCUGUCCACCUUUGUUCAAGAGCCCUUCUGGUCCGUACCUCCCACCCCUGGUCACCACCGUACAAUUUUUUCUUAAUGCACAAAUUGGUGUUCCUCCCCACACUGAGUUCCUUUGUCCCUCCAGCCUUCGACUGGCAUUGGCACCUUGCCUGGCUCCUUGAAGGCAUUGACGUGUACAUUGUUCUCAGGUGGUCUUGUGGAUGUCUUUCAGAAAAUGAUUAUUUUAUAUGAUUUGUCAUGGAAUUUGUUCUAAUAAAUCAUUCUUUCACGUGGCAGCA